AUGUGGCUGAAUGCAUUGGUGGAUCCGGACGAAGUGCAGAAUAUUAGUUGGGGUAGUGCGGCUUUGUCGUACCUGUAUCAUUAUCUGUGUGGGGCUUCCAUAGAUCAGAGGAAAGAGUUGGGUGGGCCUAUGGUGCUUCUGCAGCUAUGGGCGUGGGAAAGAAUGCCCACAUUGAGGCCGUCAUUCAUAGGAGCGCUCGUGCACGAGCCAUAUACGCCAUGUGGCGCCAAGUGGAAAGGAACUACGCACAUAGGAAAUGCUCCUAGAUUCUCGGUUGAGCAUUACCGUGAUCAAAUAUCUUUGAUUAAACCUGGGCAGUUUCUGUGGACGCCAUAUGCAAAUUGCAUGCUACCUGACUACUGUAGGGAUGUGACUGGAUGCUCCCAUUGUGACACUUAUUUGGUAUGUUGGGCAUAUGUCGAGGCGCAUGAGGCUGGACUAGUGCGCAGACAAUUUAAUCAGUACCGAAAGAUUCCUCAAUCUGUAGAUAGGAUGCUCAAAGAAGCCGAUCAUUUGGAAAAAAAUAAUCGGCGUGGUAAGAAAGGAACUAAUUGGGAAGAAACACGUCAGUUCUUUAUUGGGGAAUGUGACAUGAGAUAUGAAAGAUUCGAGGCAACCUUAGGUGGCGCAACGAUGUACAAUAACAUUCCACUGAGUCUGGGAUACAUGGCGUGGUAUAACAGGAUUACGGUGACGUACCUAACUCAAGUUGGGGUACAGUCCACUGUUGGGAUGAACGAGACAGCUUCUGACAUAAGAUUAUUUACUACUGAUCAAGAGAUAGACCCAAGAUUGCGACAGAUUCGAGAAAUUGUUAGGCGUACCCUUCAGUCUAUGAACCACGCUGAUGUCAUGGAGUACCCGGCUUCUCAACGCCAAGAUGUGGUCAUGCCUGAAUGA